AAAAAUACUAAAUUGGGUACCUGGUUAUGCAGCCAGGUACACGCGCUUAAUAACCUCCCAUCACUGAUCCUGGAAGCAUUGAAAUCGGGAACCGGAGUUAAAAUAUCAAUAGGUCAUUUGUGUGAGAAGCAGGCGGGUCCAAAAACUCACAGAAUCAAAUACAAUCCUACGACUGAUCAAAAAUAAGAAGUGAGCCGUAAAAUCUCAAAGACAAAGAAACGCUUGAAGGACAGAGGAGUAACAGUAAAAGGGUGACAUUUUCUAACAACCAAAAAGAUGACUGACGUAAAGUUAACCGUGGCACUAACCAGCGUUAAUGGGGAGAAUAUGUCCCGGCACGAUAUGCUCCAGUGGGUCAACAACAUGGUCCAGGGACACUUCAAGAAGAUCGAGGAGCUGUGCUCGGGUGCCGCCUACUGCCAGAUGAUGGAGAUGAUCUUUCCCAACUGCAUCAACCUGAAGCGCGUUAAGAUGACCGCCAAACUGGAGCACGAGUAUCUCCAUAAUCUUAGGCUCUUCCAGGAAGCUUUCAAUCGCUUGAAGGUGGACAAAGCGGUGCCCAUCGAUCGUCUGAUCAAGGGACGCUUCCAGGACAACUUUGAGUUCUUGCAGUGGUUCAAGAAGUUCUUCGACUCACAAGCACCUGGUUUGGAGAAUAUCAAGUCCUUGGCAAAUGCGCCGGUGAACAAACCCAUCAAACCGCGCGUGUUCGCCAAGGAGCCAUCGCCAGUGAACGCCAAUGAUGAUGGCCUCAAGGACCUGAUUGGUGAAAUGCAGACCCUAAGCUUGAGAAGAGAGGACAUAAUGGAGGAAAUAAACAAGUUCUACAACAAGUUGCGCUUGGUCGAGGAUCUAGUGAACGACAUGGCCAGCGACAAUCAGAAUGUAAAACGCAUACAAUUAUGCAAACGCAUCCAGACGGUGCUCUGCAAAACGAUAGAUGGGCAAAUCAACGAGGAUCCCAUCGAAGUUAAUCUGGAAAAUGGGGUGGAAGACGCGGAAGCUGCGGAUCCCAAUGAAGGAUUGUAUUAGGUUUUUUUUGGUACGACGUCGUGUUUUUUUAUAAUUAUUGUAUUAUGUAUAAACAAAUGCAUUGUGAAUUCAGCUG